GAAAGGGCAACUUUCUUUUCUGGGGAAUCUUGGAUAUAAUCAUAUAUAAUGAUCUUAGUCGUCCUUAAUCUAUGUGCUAUUAAUCCCAUAUAAGGCAUUCGAUAACUGAAAUAAUAACCAUCAAUUACCAACUUAUAGUUCGGAAGCAACAAGAAUCCAAAUCGCUGUGGAUAUAAAAUAAUAAAAGCACAGAGCAGUACGUUAUUUGGAUGCGUGUUAACUUGUGCUAGCUUUCAUUAAUGGCGGACAUGCAGAUAGUUCCUGCUUCCAAGAAUGUGGAAGCACAGUACGUGGAGAUGAUGGUGCCUCUGUAUUCUUAUGGGUGUGAGAAGAAAAUAAAGAAGACCUUAUCCCAUCUCAAAGGGAUAUACUCAGUAAAUGUGGAUUAUAAUCAACAGAAGGUGACCGUGUGGGGAAUUUGUAACAAGUACAAUGUGUUAGCAACCAUAAGGGGAAAGAGAAAAGAAGCACGAUUUUGGAAUCCAGAAGACAACAUGAUCAAAAUAUUAGAAGAAUCGUCACAACCCCCAUCAUCACCACCACCAAAUUCGACUUCUCUAAGAUCAGACUUCAAGCAUUCUUUAGCCUUGAGUGCUAUGGCUCGGUCUCUAAGCUGGAAAACAUGGAGGAAAGUCUUCACUAGAUCCUAUUCCUUCUGAAAGGAUUUAUAUUACUUAUUUAUUUAAUUCCUUCUCACAGUGGAAAACGAAGAAUAUUGAGUGCAGAUUCAGCCAGCAAUUAAAACACAUUGC